CCCCCAUCUUCUCUUUCCCUCCCCCCUCAAACACACAAUCAAUCCGAGUGCAGCCGCUGGGAGAGCAGCAUUGAUCGCGCGUUGUUUAGGUACGGUCUGAGAAAGCUCGAGCGCUCUUCCCCACCUCCCCCCCACGUCACGCGGCGGGGGUCGAGAACCUUCCAGCAGGUGAGGAGCCGAUUCUUGGGCUCCUUAUGUCCCGCAAAGACAGUGACGCCGAGUACAGUCUGAGGGACCUGAGCGGGAAGCGGUGGAUCAGGCCGGACGGGCGACGGGAGACGCUCGGCGAGCGGACUCUAAUCAAACCCGUCGGUAGCGGUAACAACAACAAUAACAACCACCGCCGCCAGCUCUCACGGUUAACGGGCAUGGCAACCGGUGCCGAAGGAAAUCUGAUCGCUCACAGGCACUUCCAAGGAGGAGGAGGAGGAGGUGGCGGCGGCAGCAGCAGGAAUAACAACCCCCGCUUCGUCUACGUCUUGGCUACGUUCGCGGCCCUAGGCGGCUUCCUGUUCGGCUACGACACCGGCGUCGUGUCGGGCGCCCUGCUGCUACUCAAGAAGGAGUUCGCCCUCAACGAGCUUUGGCAGGAGCUGGUAGUAUCGGCCACGGUGGGAGCAGCAGCCAUUUCGGCGCUGGCUGGAGGCCUCCUCAACGGCUAUUGGGGCCGAAAACCCUGUAUCCUACUGGCCAGCCUCCUCUUCACGUUAGGGGCGGUGGUGAUGACGGCUGGGAGCGACCGUAAUGCCCUGUUGGCCGGACGCGUCGUAGUGGGAUUAGGCAUCGGACUGGCUUCCAUGACUGUGACGGUCUACAUUGCAGAGGCUGCACCUUCCCAUCUCAGAGGACGAUUAGUUACUGUCAAUACCCUUUUCAUUACUGGAGGACAAUUUUUUGCAAGUGUCAUUGAUGGUGCGUUUAGCUACCUUGAAACAAAUGGCUGGAGGUACAUGCUUGGUCUUUCAGCUGUUCCUGCUGUUGUCCAGUUCGUGGGAUUCCUUUUCCUUCCAGAAAGUCCACGGUGGUUGGUACAAAAAGGAAAAACUCAGAAAGCUCGCAGAGUCUUAAGUCAGAUUCGUGGAACUCAAAAUAUUGAUGAAGAGUAUGAGUGCAUCAAAAGUAGCAUUGAGGAGGAGGAAAGAGAAACGGUAGGAGGUGGUACCGUGUUUUGGAAGAUGAUAACCUACCCCCCAACUCGUAGAGCAUUGAUAGUUGGAUGUGGAUUGCAACUCAUUCAGCAACUUUCUGGCAUCAACACAGUCAUGUACUACAGUGCUACUAUAUUACAGAUGUCUGGAGUCCAAGAUGACACGUUAGCAAUCUGGUUGGCUGCUGUCACAGCGUUUACAAACUUCAUCUUUACAUUGAUUGGAGUUUGGUUGGUUGAGAAGGUAGGACGCAGAAAGCUCACGCUGGGCAGUCUCACAGGAACAGCAUUAAGCCUCAUGAUUCUAGCAAUUGGAUUUUUGUUAUCAGCCCAGGCUUCUCCAUCAAUAACUCUCUAUCCCAGAGACCCUUCAGGCCGUAAUGGCAGCUGUGCUCAAUACAAAUCUUGCAACAAUUGUAUGUUGGACCCAACCUGUGGCUUUUGUUUCAAAAUGGAAAGUCCAAAUGUUACCGAGUCAUCCUGUGUCCCUGUAAGCAACAGAUCUGAGGGAAUGGCUGCGUGGGGCAGAUGCAGUAAUGCUUCAGAAUUUAAGAAAGAAGGCUUAUCUUGGGCAUACAACUUCUGCCCUACAGUAUAUUCUUGGACUGCAUUACUGGGUCUUAUCCUAUAUCUUGUCUUUUUUGCUCCAGGAAUGGGUUCAAUGCCUUGGACAGUGAAUUCUGAAAUAUAUCCGAUGUGGGCACGAAGUACAGGAAAUGCCUGUUCUUCUGGAGUCAACUGGAUUUUCAAUGUCCUUGUAUCAGUGUCAUUCUUGCAUUUGGCAGAACAUCUUACAUAUUAUGGUGCAUUCUUCUUGUAUUCUGGGCUAACUACCUUGGGUUUGUUUUUCGUCUAUGGGUGCCUUCCAGAAACUAAAGGAUUAAAGUUGGAAGAAAUAGAGAGUUUAUUUGAGAACAGGCUUUGCACAUGUGGCCUUUUGGAUUCAGAUGAAGCUUCUAGUCCACUUUGUCAAAGAGCUGAAAAUGAAGAUGACAUUGUAUGGUACACAGGUGGGCAACAAACAUGUAUUCUGAAUUUUACUGAUAACAACACUUGCUGUUGACAUUAGGUUCUGUGUUGAUCAUUACACUGAAGAUAAAAGAUGCAGUGUAAAAUUGUUUAGAACAUAUUGGUAUAAUGUUUCGCAUCCAAAUGAUACUCAAAUAUAACCUUAUUUCAAAAGGUAAUUAUAUUAGCUUUGACACUGUUCUGGUACAUUGUAUGCAAAUAGCAAGGUUAGUUGCAGUAGCCUAGUUAUGUUGCAUAUUCUUCUAACAAUAUUCUGUGAUGCAUAGGAUGUUUAUACUUUUCUCCCUUUUGGUGCAAAUGGAUCUUAUCUAGGUCUUCAAAGAAGUUGAGGAAUUUUCUCAAGCAAAAGGUCAAGUUUGUCAUCUUUGUCCACACUCAUACAUCUAAUGCUCAAAAACAGAGCAAAGUUGGCAAGAAACAUCCUUGUCUAGCGUCUUGGUAAUGAAUAUCUUAUAAACCUAAGUUACAUAGAAUAAACCUUUUUAGCUUCGCCAGAAGCAGGAGCUGAACGGAAUUUAAAAGUUUACAGUUAAUUGUGGACAUAAAAAUGGCAUUUCUGGUGCUGAACACCACUGGCAUACAGUUAUUAAUGACUGAUUAGUGGAAAACCCAUUUUAACAAUUUAUGUACAUCAUUCUUGAAGUGAUUUUUCAGUUCUCUCUCAAUUUAGUAAAAUACAUUUCACUACAAUUGUCUUAAAUCUAUCGCAAUCAUAGAACUAAACCCAUCUACUAAGUUAAAGUACAUGUUUGCUUUUGAAAUUUUAUUUGAAUCUUCUCCAGCACAAUUUAUUAGUGGUGCCCAGAUCCAUGAUUACAAAAUCCUAUAUUUUCUUAAAAUCUCAUUUAUCCAGGAAUUUUUAGCAUGCAAUUUACACUGAUGGUGUUAGCAGUCGGCGCAUCUAACAGGAUAGGACCUUUUAAUGUUCUAACAGUGCCAGCAAUCAUGUAAUGAUGCUUGUGAGGGUUUAUAGUUCAAAUUGGAGCAGAUUUUAAUUAUAACAGUUCAAGUAUUUUCCAGUGACUUACGGGGACGAGAGAAUGUAAAAUAGUAUUCAUUAGAUCAGGGUAUCCCUUUUCAUGUAUCAUUUUAUGCAACCUGCUUUCUGUGAUCUGAUUCAUGUUUUUUUGGAAAUGAAGGCCAAUCAUCUAGCGUGGCCUUUUACCAAAAAGUGGAUUUAUUAACGUCACAGUUUUGGGCAAUGCAUCACCAUUUUUCUUUUGUGGCGCAAGAUGCAAACUUAAACAAUUGUGAAAAACAGUUUGCCUUAAUUGAGUACAAUGAAGUUGCUUUAUUGCUGUACCUUCAAAGGUUUUUUUAAAAUAUGGAAUCAGUAAAGUCAGUGACAAAAUAUCGUGCAGUAAUUGGUUAGCUUGCUUUAGUGAGAACCAAGUACUUUGAUGAUUGGACUUGCUUUUGGGUUUUUCAAUGGAUGCACUUGCAGUAUUUGGCACCAUUUUAUUAAACACAGUGCAGAAAAUAUGCACAUUAAAUUGAUUUAAUAUCUGAUCAAAUUUGAAGGACGCAGUAAUAUCCUGCAACAAAAUGUUCCUGCUUCAAUUGGCAAGUUGAAUCUCUGUUGCUACUUAAAAAUAUACUUGACAGCAUUGUAUGUAAGAAAUCAAGGUUACCAAAAAGAUCAUUCCAGUUAGUUUUUUUUGUAGUACAUUAUUAAUUUUAUAUACUUUGUUUUAUAUUUUGUAUUCACAUUAAAUGAGAUGGAACCAGUCAAUAAAGUAUCCCAGAAUUCAGUCAUUAUUUAAAGGAAAAUACUUAAAAGCAUUAAAAUAUCAAUUCGAACAAGAACUAUGUUCUGCAUAAUACCUUAGCUGUUGUACCAGUUUUAUUUCAGUUUAUAGACAUAUGGUAUGUUUAAAAUGUGCAGUUUAUUCCUAAAAAUGAGGCGUUAUAGCGCAAUGCUGCAAGUGAUGACCCUGCAAUUGGCUCAGUAAGGUUGAAUCCGACCUGCAAUCCCAGACUAAUUUACUACUUUACCCAGUUAUUAAUAUGCCAUGAUUUGGUGGAUGUUAAGAUCAAAUUAGUGGUGUUAUUUCAGUGCUGCUGAGAAGAUAAUGUUUACUAAUUAUAUUGAUGAAGAAUGACACAGAUACUCUUAAAAUUAGUAUUUAUUACAGUAUCAGGAAAGAAUUAUUCUACAGUUAUGCUUCCCAUGUUCAGAGUGUCUAACUUGCUCGAAAAUAAAUAAUCCUUACCUUCUAUCCUUCCAUGUUCAUGAUAGCAAUCUUUAAAUGCACAUCAUUACCGUCUCACUUAAGAAAUCUAAAAAGGUAAAUGAGCUAGGUAUUUCUAGAAAGAUAAAAUAAGUUUACCUGCAAAGUUGACAGGCAAUAAUCUGACCAUGUUACAAAAGUAUACUAAUUAUUAAUGUUUUCCACAUGAAUAUUCUAAAAUUUGGCCCAAGGAAACAUGAAUGCUGUAUUAAUGUAUCACUAGCAUCGCAUGUGUUUCAACCGUCCAUCCGAUAUAUGACACAGUUAAAAUGGAUGAAUUCUUCUGUGUUGUAACAGUAUAUUUAUUCAUAAUUAGAUUGGUCUAAUUGCUUUAGUGAUGUAAUGUUGGUGCCAGAAAGACUAUUAAAAGAUUAUUAAUUUAAAAGUUGGAGUUGCAUAUAUUUUUCAUCUAGAGGUAUAUGUGGAUCUGUAGCAAAUCUCAACUUGAGUUAUUUAAAAAAUGUUCUUGGUUUAAUGCACUAAGAAAUUGCACCUUCCCUGAAUUUAUGAAUUGUAUUUCAGCAUUGCAGUGCAAUGAAGGCAUCUUAAUAUUUGGGUAGUUUAUGUAAAUGAGCAUCUGAUGGGACAUUUACUGGAUGAUGGAACCGCAAAAUAGCUUUUUUUUUU